UGUAAGUCAGUAGAGAAAAGCAUCAGCUAAAUGAAUAAAUGUAAUGUUUCAGGGCUGGUAAUUUCGAGCAGUGUGGUGAAAGUGGACCAGGAAAACAGUAUAUUGUAUUAUGUAGCCACACUGCAGAACUGAGAAAUUAAGCUACCAUACACCAAUGCCAUUACUUGUAAGAACUGGCUUAGAAUUCUAACACCCAGAGGUUUUUCUUUCCUCCCUCCACUUUCAGUCGGGAGUUUUUGUUUCUUUCGUCCUGGCUAGUACAGCUUUAUAAAAGUAUUGACAAUGUAUUACGCUAGUUCUGUAGUCAACAUUCUUGCGCGUGAGCCACGACGGAGAGCCAGCUAUAUAAGCUCGUGGCUCGCGCUGUGACCCGCGCUCUUUUUUUUCUUCUUUCUUUUACUGGGGCGCUGGGAGGGGGUGGUUUAGUGGGUCCUUCAUGAAUAGAAGUCAUUCUUCACCUUCCGUCUGGCUAGAGCAUUAGUAGUGAGUGGGUCGAAAACAGAAGAUGUCCGCUCGUCACGGGAGCUACGCCGCUAAGCGCAUAUGUCUGUAUCCAGAGCCCUUUGCCUGCUAUGUUGAGAAUUUUUUUGCACACCCGACCAGUAGCGGUAGUUUGGAGUGCAAAAGUUAAGUUCAGCUUGCAGGAAACGUACAGUUAAUCUAAGUCUACUGAACAGCUCUACGACCUUCCUCAGGAAAAAGGGAGAAACUGAGUUGGUCGUUUGGAGCUUCGACGCUACAAGUUUAGUGCAGCCCGCUGAGAGAAGAGAGCCGACAUGUCGCACUAACGAGGAGCCGCGGUGCCACAGCUGUCCUCGAGACGCCCGCUCCACACUGACUCGGCGACUGCGCUGAGGCGGGGCGCACGCGGCCGCGCCACUCCCCUGGCCGGGCCUCGGAGACUCCGCACUUCGCCUACACGCAGGGACGAGAGACACGCGCACAAAAAUACACACUUGGUUGACGAGUUUUCGCCGAAGUACAGCCCGAAGCGGGAGAAACGCGGAAAACGGGCAAUGAAGUAGAGUGAGCGCGGCGGGAGACUCCAUGGAGGCGGCAAGGAGUCGGCUGCGGCUCGCGCUGCUUCUGCUGGGAGUCGCGAGCGCGAUGGCCAGAGAAGUAUGCCUUGGGACAGAUAUGAAGCUGACGCUACCAUCGAGCCCUGCGAACCAGUACAAGAUACUGGAGCUGCUGUACACCGGGUGCGAGGUGGUGCAUGGCAACCUGGAGAUCACUCAUCUGCAUGGGACGCCAGACCUUAGCUUUCUGCAGGGCAUUGUGGAGGUGCAGGGCUACGUCCUGAUUGCCCAUCUGUCUGUGGCCUCAGUGCCCCUGGAUAACCUGCGUAUUAUCAGGGGCAGCCAGCUUUAUAACUCCAGUUAUGCCCUGGCUGUGAUGGACAAUGUGGGCUUGACAGAGCUGCGCAUGAGGAGCCUCACAGAGAUCCUUCUGGGAGGUGUCUACAUUGGGGGCAACCCUUCGCUGUGCUUUCCAGACCCACAGAAGAUCCAGUGGAAUGACACGUUGGAUGAGCAGAACACACACAAGCAUUUGUAUUUGCAGCAGCGCUCCCCAAACUGCCAAAGCUGCUCCCCGUCUUGUAAGAAUCGAGCCUGCUGGGGAAAAACAGACCAGGACUGUCAAACCUUGACUCAUCUGCAGUGUGCGUCGGGAUGCCUUCGCUGUAAGGGCCCCCAGUCCAACGACUGCUGCCACAAGCAGUGCGCUGCCGGCUGCACGGGGCCCAAGGACACGGACUGCCUGGCAUGUCGCCACUUUAAUGACAGCCGGAUCUGUAAGGAUAGCUGCCCACCUCCCACCAUCUAUGACUCAGUGGCCUAUCAGUCCAAACCCAACAAGGACAAGAAGUACAGCUUGGGUGCUACCUGCGUUAAAGAGUGCCCACAAAAUUACCUGGCCAUGCCAGUUGCCUGUACCAAAGUGUGUCCGAAAGCCAAUCAAGAAGUCAUCACCAUCUUGUCCAAUGGUGAGGAGAGCCAAAAAUGUGAAAAGUGCGAUGGGGAGUGUCCCAAAGUGUGCUAUGGUCUAGGAAUGGACACUUUGCAGGGUGUCCGUGCAGUGAAUGCCUCCAACAUCAAACUCUUUUCUGGCUGUGAGAAGAUCUUUGGCAGUCUGGCCUUCCUCCCUGAGACCUUUCAUGGGGACCCCGUCACCAACACGUCAGCCUUGGAGCCCACCCAACUUGACGUGUUCCAAAGCCUACGAGAGCUCACAGGUUACUUGUACAUUGAGGCAUGGCCAGCGAACUGGACAGACUUGGGUGUGUUUGAGAAUCUGGAGGUGAUAAGGGGAAGAAUGCUUUAUAGAGGCGUGUUCUCACUGGGUGUGCAGUACUUGCACGUGGAAUCUUUGGGUCUACGAUCUCUGCGGCGUGUCAGCGGUGGACUCAUACUGCUGCAUGGUAACCACCGGCUCUGCUACACAACCUCCAUCCCCUGGGCGGCACUCAUGCACCCUAUGGAGGGGCCGCAUCUCAUCCUCUCUGACAACAGGAGCCCUGAGGAGUGUGGUGCGGCCGGGCAGUCCUGCCACCACCUCUGUGCUGAUGAAAGAUGCUGGGGGCCCGGUCCAAGCCAGUGUGUGUCUUGUCUGAAGUUCCGGCGCGGGACUGAGUGUGUUGAGGAGUGUAACAUCCAGCAGGGGCUUGAGCGCGAGUACGUUGAGGGCCGCACAUGUGUCCGGUGCCAUCCCGAAUGCCGCCCCAUGAAUGGCUCUGAGUCGUGCUACGGACAGGAAGCAAACCAGUGUCGCGAGUGCCGCCACUUCCAGGAUGGUGACACCUGUGUGCCACGCUGCCCCAGUGGGAUGAAGGGAGAGCAGCACAAUGUGUGGAAAUACGCCAACACCACUGGACACUGCCUGCCUUGCAGCAUAAACUGCACCAUAUCGUGCAAUGUGCUGGAUGAUAGGGGCUGUCCAGUCCAUCCAAGGGCAGGGCCAGGUACCUCAAUUGCUGCAGCAGUGGGAGGGUUGCUGCUCUUCCUCAUCCUGGCAGCGUUGCUCGUGUUCUACCUGCGCCGACAGAAGCACCUGAAGAAAAAGGAGGCCAUGAGGAGGAACAACCCGGAGGAGCACGGGCUCGUGGAGCCCUUGAACCCUAGCGGUGCGAUGCCUAAUCAGGCCCAGAUGCGCAUUCUGAAGGAGACGGAGUUGAAAAAGCUGAGGGUGUUGGGCUCUGGGGCCUUUGGUACAGUUUACAAGGGCGUCUGGGCACCUGACGGAGAGAAUGUGAAGAUCCCCGUGGCCAUCAAGGUAUUGAGGGAAAACACCUCACCUAAGGCCAACAAGGAGAUCCUGGAUGAGGCCUAUGUGAUGGCGGGAGUGGCCAGCCCAUAUGUGUGUCGUCUGCUGGGCAUCUGCCUGACGUCCACGGUGCAGCUUGUCACUCAGCUCAUGCCCUAUGGCUGCCUGCUAGACUAUGUGCGUGAGAACAAGGACCACAUCGGCUCCCAAUACCUGCUCAACUGGUGUGUUCAGAUUGCCAAGGGUAUGAGUUACCUGGAGGAUGUCCGCCUGGUUCAUAGGGAUCUGGCGGCUCGCAACGUUCUGGUGAAGAAUCCCAACCAUGUCAAAAUCACCGACUUUGGUUUGGCCCGCCUCCUAGAUAUCGACGAAACCGAGUACCAUGCUGACGGGGGCAAGGUACCCAUCAAGUGGAUGGCCCUCGAGUCCAUCCUGCAGAGGAGGUUCACACACCAGAGUGACGUCUGGAGUUACGGAGUGACAGUAUGGGAGCUGAUGACGUUCGGGGCCAAGCCUUAUGAUCUGAUCCCUGCCAGAGACAUCCCAGAACUACUGGAGGGGGGAGAUAGGCUUCCCCAGCCCCUCAUCUGCACCAUGGAUGUCUACAUGAUCAUGGUCAAGUGCUGGAUGAUUGACCCUGAGAGUCGACCGAAGUUCCGGGAGCUAGUGACAGAGUUCAGCACCAUGGCUCGAGACCCCUCUCGAUAUGUGGUCAUCCAGAAUGAUGAUCAGAUGAGUUUGGCCAACCCUGUGGACAGCCAUUUCUUCCGCAUGCUGCUGGAGGAGGAGGGGGUCACGAUGACUGAACUCCUGGAUGCAGAGGAAUACCUGGUGCCCCAGACAGACCUUUUCAAAGCCUCGGGAGAGGUGGUCAGCAACGGGCACUCCAGACAUCACUCACACAGGAGCGCUGAGCACAGCCUGGACUGGGAGAUCCAAACGGGAGGACGCAGCAUGAAUCUGUCUGUCAGCACCCUGGGAAGGAGUCAGUACCCCACGUUGCCUAUGGGAGCCACUGUGAAAGGGCAGUGGGGACCAUCGUACUCAGUGUUGGCCCGUAGUGCGUCUCACCGGUCAGCGGGGGACCAGUCGGAUUCCGUCUUCCUCGAUGCCAUGCCAGAGUCUGGCUCUCAUCUCAACGGCAUGGGUCCAGGGCUACGGUACUAUGAAGAGCCCACGUUGGCUGGCGGUGGCGAUAGCCACGUGGAGACGGACGGGCCAGUUGCGUUCUCCUCGCAGACACUCUCCCAGGGGGGUUGGGGGCAGCCUGAAUACGUGAACCAGGCAAUGCAGAGCGGUGGCACAGGGUGUGCGGAGCGCCCCAGCACAUUGCCGCGGAGAGCAUCGGGGGGCCCUCGGCGCCUCUGCAGUGGCCUGGCACCUGGAAGCAGCGUGGAGAACCCCGAGUACCUGGUGCCGAUUGCAGGCCACUCACCCGCCUUUGACAAUCCUUUCUACGUGGAUGUGGCCAAGGCGCGGGCCAUGGGUGCUGACAUGGAGGGACCACCCCCUCCUCGGCUACCCAACGGCUUUGUCACUCCCACCGCGGAGAACCCCGAGUACCUGGGGCUGGCCGACCCCUGGAGCAGGCAGCGUGAGCGUGGCCCCACCUGAGCUGGGAACGCUCCGACAGGCCUCACUGUCAGCCUGUGGCGGCCCUGACCUGGGGAGGGCCCCCACACGGCUGUUUCUUCUUCCUAUUUCACACUGCCUUCCUUUCUCGGUGCACACCUCAACACCUUUCUUGCCUGUGAGGCAAAAACGAAAGACGAGAGCGUCUCUGCACCACAUGCGUCCACCUGGUGGGUCCUCUGUGACUGCACUUGCGCACAGGUAUACGGAUCGUCUGUGUGAUUGUGCACGGAGAAAGUCAGUGAACAAGAAACGUCAAAUUUGGCAGGCAAGAGAAUGUAGCAUUUACACAAGGAACUUGUUUUAUUGUGGUGAAGACUGGAAUUGCAUAAAUAAUUCCUUUAAGCUCAUUGGAGUGACACGGAGCUCUUGAUGUCCCUCAGGUUGCAGUACGGUGUUUUAGUGACAGAAGUGACAUGCGAUGUUUGAACAGUUUCUCAUGCAGCUGAAUUAAGGUUCCCUGCUGAAGAAGCACUUCCUUAGUUUCCCUGUUUGGGAUACACCAUGAACAAAACUGCCAACAGUCGCAAGAAGAUGGUGUUGAUUUCAGUCCACUAUGAAGUAUCUUCUCAGCAAUCGGUUUUAGACAUUUGGGGCUAAGCUUGAUGGAAUAACAUCAGUGUUCUCAACAAUGGCUUACAGAGACAUGUUUCAAAAGUCCUGGCCCAAUCAGCUGUCUCACAGGAGCAAAUGAAAGACAAUAAUUGCAAAAAGAAACAGCUAAGGGAGAUCCGAAUAAAAUAAAGGUUCACUUUAAUUUGAGAAAAAGAUUCUAAAAUGCGGUUUCCCUCCAUUUUUUCUGAGACAUGAGGGUUUCCGUAUGUCAGUUUGAUUAGAGCGUGUGACCUUUAUCACUUCCCAAGCAUACAGUUGUACCCAGAGCUUAUCUGUGGAGCUCCUUUGGUUAGAGAACCAUCAACUCUGAGGGAUAUCGACUAUUGACCUUCAGCGCACAUUGUAGGACUGGACCAGUCAACGUGAGCACCUGUAGGAGGCCUUGAUCGAUAUGUUUGUUCCUCAACACCUUCCUUUCACUCAAGUUCAGAAGGACACGAACGUGCUGGAUGUAUAGACUAUUCCUGAGCAUGAUCAAACAAAAGUGAAUUUCAGACAAACCGCUCAAGAUGAGGCCUGCAAAAAAAGCAAAGGCGAGUGCACGUUUCCUCAAAGUGAUGCCACCAAAGAGUUUGACUGACCAUGUGUGACUUUUCAUCGCAGAGCCCCGUUUCACUGAAUAACACCAGUGCUAUGGUGUGCUAAGGAUCCAAGUGCACGUGGCGCAUGGAAUGGCUAAUGUGGUGAACCGACAAGACAGCGAUCAAGACUAGAAGGCAGCUAGGAAUAGAGACAUUAUGCAUUUUGAUUUUGCCCCUUGGUGUUUGUGGCUGAGAAUUUAAUACGCAACCCUGCAGAGUGACUGCGAGGCAGCAACUGUCAUUCAGACGGCUGUCGCUAGAGGUAAUUCUGCUAUAUGAAUGGCACCAUUUGUUCACGAAGGAAGCCCCCCUCCCCUGGCUUGCCUCUCGCCAUCACGCAGAUUGCAGUUAAUGUGUACCCGCUUGACAAGGCUGGCUCUGCUGGCGCAGUCACUGAACAAUAGACAGAGGCGGAAUCUCGUGGCUGAGACGGCAGAAGGAAUGCCGACAGGGCAGAGCAAGGCGGGGGGAUGCUAAAGAGGAGCAUAACAGCGCCACCCCUCAACUCAGUCAUCGCUACUUUAGCUCAACCUGGCAAAAGAGGAUGCUCUGCCAAUACCUGCGUUAAUAAUUGACUUUUUGAGGAAAUUAAUAAGCUGGCCGGACGCUGAAAUAUCCUGUGUCCAAAAGUGGAGGUUAUGCCGAAACACGGGCUUUCUGUGGCUGAGAGCACUCAGUCGCGUGGGUGGAGAAACUCACUGGCACUGUGAGCUUGCCACUUCUCGCUUACGGUUCGCACGCCCAGAGCGUUUGAGGGAAUUUCACUUCCUGGAAUUCUCUGCCUUUGAAUUCCUGCAUUAAUCAGAGCAAAACCCAAAAUAAUGUGAUUCUGUACCUCUAGCUGUUACACACUGGAUUCUGUAAUGCAGAGAAACAAAGGAUAAGGGCCACUCGUUGUGGAUCCUGCACGGAUCUGCAGACCUCCCAAAAUAGCCCAAACGAUUCAAGUCCAGCACCACGUGGGAACUUGAUCUGUUCUGCAAGAACUGAGUGACACUACAGGCUCCUGCUGAAGGCCACAUAUAGAACAUAAAUCUGACACUGGCUCUGACCUGCGACACUCCCUCUGAUUACAGCCACAGUGCCAGUGGGGGUGGUACGGGGGUUGGAAGAACUGUGAAUGUUUAAGAAAGUAGGUUAAAGAAGAGCGUAUUUCGAUUUAACAUUUUUCAAAAUGGUACAUUUCCUUGUACAUGCAUAUUAUAUAUGGGCAGCUGUGUGCAACUUAUGGGGAGUUCAUUGUGAUGUUUUUUCUGGGGUUUUCUAUCAAAUAGUUUGCAGUACAAUACUAAAAAGUUAGAAAAGGACUAAACAGAUGCAACAUGAUCAUGUCAGACAAGGCAAACAAAGUUAUAAACUUCGCAGAAUCGGGUUGGGUACCUUAUUGAUUCUUUUUACUGUGAAGAGAAAUCUUGAGCUGCCGGGGAGAUUUACAGCAUCACAACAGCUGAAUAAAUACAUUUAUAAUUCAGAAUUUUACAAGGAAUCAAUCACUUAAGUACUCUGAAUAUAAGAAACAGUUUUCUUACCGUGGCAUUGACUUACAAAACUCAGUCACUCUUAUAAAACCAGACAUUUCAUUACAAUCAAACCAACAAGUGUAUUCCCACCUUAGUGUGAGUUUUUUCUUUUUUUAAAAAAAAAAAA